AUGUAUGUAAGUAGUGGAAAUGCAAAAUCGCAUGAUUAUGGCGAUGCCCUCUCCAAAAGCUUGCUAUUUUUUGAGGGGCAAAGGUCAGGGAAGCUUCCCUCCACGCAGCGUGUGAGAUGGAGAAAGGACUCGGCUCUUCGCGACGGUUUCGAUAAGGGUGUUGACCUAACCGGUGGAUACUAUGACGCGGGCGACAACGUGAAGUACAACUUCCCGAUGGCGUUCACGAUAACGAUGAUGGCUUGGGGUGUGAUCGAACACGGCAACUCCAUGGGCCCGGAGCUGCCGGAUGCACUGGAGGCGGUGCGGUGGGCGACGGACUACUUCCUCAAAUCCACCGCGGCGGCCCCCGCCAUCAUUUACGCUCAGGUGGGAGACCCCAACGCCGACCACAACUGCUGGCAAAGGCCGGAAGACAUGGACACCCCGAGAACGGUCUAUGCGGUCACUCCUAACAAGCCUGGAACCGAAGUCGCGGCUGAGACCGCAGCGGCGCUGGCUGCCGCGUCUUUGGCGUUUAGGGCUUUCGGGGAUGAGGCGUACGGCAAGGUGCUUUUGGAAAGGGCUGUUAAGGUAUUUGAGUUUGCAGACAAGUAUAGAAGAUCUUACAAUGAAAGUAUUGGUGAAGGAGUAUGUCCUUUUUAUUGUAGUUACAGUGGCUACCAAGAUGAGUUGUUGUGGGGCGCAGCAUGGCUAUACAAAGCCACCAAUAAGGUGUAUUACUGGAAUUAUGUGAAGAAAAAUGUCAUAAGCUUCAAAUCCAAUAUCGAAGCAGCCAAUUUCGAAUUCAGUUGGGAUUCAAAACAUGCUGGAAUCAGUGUUCUUGUCUCCAAUUGGGUGCUUAAAAACAACAAGGAAGCUUCUACAACACCUUUCCUAUCCUAUGCAGACUCAUUUAUGUGUUCUCUUAUUCCCGAAUCUCCCACCAAAAAUGUCCAAUUCACUCCUGGUGGGCUUUUGAUGAGAGGAGGAAAAUGCGAUUUGCAACAAGUCACCUCCUAUUCAUUCCUUGUAUUAGCCUACACUAAUUACUUGAAGAAUUCUACCCAUGUGAUUCGAUGCAAAGACAAAAUCAUCAAUCAUACCCAACUCCUGAAUUUCACAAAAAAUCAGGUGGAUUAUAUACUAGGAAGCAAUCCAUUGAACAUGUCUUACAUGGUGGGGUACGGCGCUAAGUUUCCGAGGAGGAUGCACCACCGGGGUUCAUCAAUACCGUCGUUGGAUCAACGUCCCGACCACAUAGGAUGCCAGGAAUGGUUUCCGAAUUUCGAUAACACGUCCCCCAACCCUAACGAGCUCACAGGGGCCGUAUCUGGAGGGCCGGAGAUAGACGACUCCUUUGCUGAUGCUCGGGCCAACUCCUCCAAAUCGGAACCCACCACUUAUAUCGUGUCGCCGCUUGUUGGAUUAUUGGCUUAUUUUUCUAAGGCCGCGGCUCACUAG